AUGGCGCCACAUUGGGCCAGAUUCGUGCAUCCAGAGGCACCAGAUGUGCAUGGCAAAUACCAACCGACAAACGACAAGAUCUUCAGAUCUCCAUUCGGCCCAUUUCCUCCUACGCCGCAGGAUCUGAAUGUUCACGAACUGUGUUUUCCCCCAGGUCAACCAUUGCCUCCAGACUAUGACCUUUUCAUCGACGCUGUGACCGAUCAGAGGGUCACACUCCACCAAUUUUACGAAAGAGUCUGCGCGUUAGCACGAGCACUUCGUUAUGACGGUCCCAAUCCUUUGGGACUGACCAGGUCGCCCGUGGACGACCGAGACAAUGGUGAGAUCCUGGGUCUCUUUUCCCGCAACCACAUCCACUAUUCGAUGCUGGCUCAUGCGUGUUUCCGUGCUGAGCUGGUAUUUGGCGGAAUCAGCCCGGCAUCCACGCCGUACGAACUGUGGCAUGUCUUGCGAAAGAUGCAAAUCACAUCUAUCGUAUGCCAUGAGACGCUUCUCCCUGUGUUGCGUGAAGCUCUCAAGCUGGGAGUCGGUCCGGACAACGAGAAGCUCCGACUGGUGCUUGACCAAAGGAAGAUUGUCGUGCUGGCGGACGAUGACUCCUUGGAUUGCGUGGGAGGCUGUCCAACAGUAGAGUCUUUCGUACGCCGCGGCUUGCAGAUGCAAGAGCGCAAAAGAAAACUCGUUGGCGGCGACAAAUUGUGUUAUCUGUUUCAGUCGUCGGGCACAUCCGGUCUGCCCAAGGCGAUGAUGAUCUCCCACAAAAAUGCGGUCCACAGCGGUUUACAAGGGACCACAGCCGCCACGCUGACAGCAUUGUUCAACCGAGUCGAACCACUCACACACCAAACUCUCCUCGGGAUUGUGCCAGCAUACCAUUCCUACGGCAUGAUCAUGUGGAUUUUGCGGGUCAACCUUGCACCGGCUACCAACAUCAUGAUGUCAAAAUGGAACGUCGAACUCGCCCUGAAAUCCAUUGAGAAGUACAGGAUCACCGUCUUGCCCCUAGUCCCUCCGAUUGUGAGGCAGCUUGCUCAGUCUCCACUGACUGAAAAGUACGACCUAUCGUCCGUUGUCAGUUGCUCCAGUGGCGCGGCGUAUCUUCCACCUGACGUCGCAUAUCAGCUUGCUCAGAAACUGCCCGUUAAGACCCCCAUUCCCUCUGGAUAUGGUCUGUCCGAAGCCGCGUCCAUCGCAUCACCCCCUAUAGCAGGGAUCUUCGGUUUGAAGGCUUCCGAGCCGGGUACAAUCGGCUACCUCCUCCCAGGGAUGGAAGGCCGAGUUGUUGACCCGGACACUCUAGAAGAUGUGCCGAAGGGCACCAAGGGCGAGUUGUGGGCAAGGGGGAAUGUCGUGUGUAUGGGAUACUUUCGAGAUCCGGAUGCCACUGCCGAGCUGUUCGCGGAGCCCGGCUGGUUGAGGACAGGAGACCUUGUCAUGCGUGACGCUGAAGAUCGAAUUCAUUACCUUGAUCGUCUGAAGGAGAUGAUCAAGGUCAAAGGCUUACAGGUAGCAGCAACCGAGGUGGAAGAUACCCUGCUUGAUCAUCCAGAGAAGCUUGUGACGGAUGCAUGUGUUGCGGGAGUCAACAACGGCAGAGGAGACGGAAGCCUUUUCCCAAGAGCGUGGGUAGUGCUAAGUUCCGAAGGCAAGAAGCAGGGCGCGGAAGCAGUGAUCAAGAAGUUAAAUGAGCAUGUCGGACAGCGCCUGAGUAAGCACAAGCAUCUCGCCGGCGGAAUCGAAAUAGUUGACUUGAUUCCAAGAACACCAUCGGGGAAGAUGUUGCGGAGAGAGAUGAGAGACGCUUAUCAUCGCCGCAUCCAUAAGGAAAACCCGCGAAGUAAAUUAUGA